GUUGGAUAUAAAUUGCAGUGGCUCGCGUGCUCAGUCAAUGGAGCAGUAGUAGUAAGAAACGCCGACAGACCGAUAAAAAUUAAAUUUACGACUUUUUUUUUUUUUGAAGAGUGUGAUUUGUUUGAUGUUUAUCCUGACUUAGUAUAAAAGUGCUGUUGACUGUUUCUUCAGCUGACGUUGAGCAGGACAGUCGAGAAGAGACGAAGAGAUGAAAUACAUUAUAGGAAUUGGCGGAGUCACGAAUGGUGGCAAAACCACCCUGACAAACAAGUUGACCAAGACUCUGCCCAACUGCUGUGUUGUGCACCAAGAUGACUUUUUCAAGAAACCCGAUCAGAUAGAAGUCGGUGAGGACGGCUUUAGACAAUGGGAUGUGAUAACCGCCAUGGAUAUGGAGGCCAUGACCAACACGUUAAAAGGCUGGAUCGAGAACCCAGUGAAGUUCGCCCGUUCCCACGGAGUCCCUCUGUCUUCUGCAUCCGACGUGGCCGACCCAGACGAGCAGACCCACAUUCUGAUCGUGGAGGGCUUCCUGCUCUACAACUACCUGCCUCUGCUGGAUGUUUUCGACAAGAGCUAUUACAUCACGAUUCCCUACGAGGAGUGCAAGAGAAGGAGAAGUACGAGGCAGUACACCGUCCCCGACCCUCCCGGCCUGUUUGAUGGCCACGUGUGGCCGAUGUACCUGAAGCACAGGAGGGAGAUGGAGAGCAGUGGCUUGAAUAUCCAGUGCCUGGAUGGUUUGAUGUCCAAAGAGAUCAUCUACAACCAGGUGUAUGAGGACAUUCAGAACAAUCUGCUCAAUCGUUUAUAGAUAAGAAGACCGAUUUAACAGGAAGACUCCUUCAUCCCUGUACAGAGCUUGUAAAUAGUCCCAUGGAUUCUUUUUUUAUGACGUUUUUCUAAUUUUAUUCUUUGUUUGUGACUGAAACAAAGCAAUGUUAACUUAUCAUUGUUUUUUUUUUUUUUUGUUUGUUUUUAUCAUCUUCAGAUGGUCAAUAUGGUUUUGUGUUUUUUGUUUUUUAAUUCAUUUUUGAACCAGAACAUACUAUGUUACUGUUAUGUUAAACCACUGACUUGUACUGGAACAUUUGUCGCAUUCUCCUACAAAUAAAUGCAUUAGUUGCUGUUGAUAU